AAACAAAUUCCUGGUGCGUGUGCUUGCGUACUAGCGGUAAUGGAGGAGACUCACUGGGACCUGGGCUAACAAACUGCUCCGCUUAACCUCCGUCUCCAGCGGUGGCUGUCAACAGAAUCGCCACAACAUCGUCUCAUAAGCGGUGGAGUCUCCUAAAAAUCACAGGAUGGCGUCUGAAGUGCUUUCCCAAAGUCCUGGUUCCAAAGGGAUCAUGACAUUUUACCCCACUAUGGAGGAAUUCAAAAACUUCAGCCGCUACAUUGCAUACAUAGAGUCUCAAGGAGCCCACAGAGCAGGCCUCGCCAAAAUUGUCCCGCCUAAGGAAUGGUCACCGAGAGGAUCAUAUGAAGACAUAGAUGAUCUAGUGAUACCAGCGCCCAUACAACAGGUUGUGACUGGUCAGUCUGGUCUCUUCACGCAAUACAACAUUCAGAAGAAGUCCAUGACGGUCAGGGAGUUUCGUAAGAUUGCAAACAGUGACAAGUUCUGCUGCCCUCGAUAUGAUGACUUUGAGGAGCUAGAAAGGAAAUAUUGGAAAAAUGUGACUUUUAAUCCUCCAAUAUAUGGGGCAGAUGUGAACGGAAGUUUGUAUAAACCUGGAGUCAAAGAGUGGAAUAUCUGUCACUUAAACACCAUCCUGGAUACUGUGGAAAAUGACAGUGGCAUCACUAUCGAAGGUGUAAAUACGCCAUACCUAUAUUUUGGUAUGUGGAAGACUACAUUCGCUUGGCACACUGAAGACAUGGACCUCUACAGUGUCAAUUACCUUCACUUUGGAGAGCCCAAAUCAUGGUACUGUAUCCCUCCUGAACAUGGGAAGAGAUUUGAGCGUCUUGCUAAAGGGUUCUUUCCAGGAAGCGCUCAGAAUUGCGAAGCGUUUUUGAGGCACAAAAUGACCCUGAUUUCGCCUUCAAUUCUGAAAAAAUAUGGCAUUCCAUUUGACAAGAUAACUCAGGAAGCUGGCGAGUUCAUGGUCACAUUUCCCUAUGGCUACCACGCUGGUUUCAAUCACGGAUUUAACUGUGCAGAAUCAACCAACUUUGCAACAGAACGAUGGAUCGAGUACGGCAAGCAAGCAGUUUUGUGCUCAUGUCGUAAAGACAUGGUGAAGAUCUCCAUGGAUGUAUUUGUGAAAAAGUUUCAGCCUGAACGCUACAGUCUGUGGCUGGCAGGGAAGGAUGUGGUUCCAAUUGACCACUCUCGACCCACACCUGAGGCUAAAGAGUUCUUAGGAGAGUCUUUCUCCAUCUUUUCCAGCAAAAAAAACUCUUGUACAACUGAGAUCUGCCUGGAGGACGAAGAGCGAAAUAGCAUGCCACAAAGGAUUGAAACUAAGAGGCACAGAGUCUGUCUUGAGCUUCCAGAUGAGGUUGUCCCAAAGGAGGAAGAUGAUGAUGAAAUGGAGUAUGGGAAGCGACCCAGACUCAAUCUAAUGCCUCCAAAGAACUCAGCACAAGAUAUCAGGAGAUCCAAAGGUCCUCCGAAAUUGGUUGUCACACCAACAAAACUCACUUUGAUGAGUCCGUUUCAAAGAGGCUUGAACAUCGGUCAUCUGGGACACCACCACUCGUCAUACAUGAAGAUCAAUGUUCCACCAAUUGUGUGUGAAACACAGACCCAAAAUGGGCAUCAGCCUGCUGCUUUGAAGUCCAAUCCUGCAGUUCAGCCCUCCCGAAAAAUGGGUGUUGCAAGCUUGCUUUUCCAUAGAACAAAGAGCCCAAAAGAUGCCAUUCAGGUGCAAAGCUAUACCUCAGAAAAGCCACUGACGCAGCACCAUCCUCCCUUACAGCUUCAGGUUCAUAGCUAUGCCAGAGAACAUCAGCCACAGAAUGUUCAGUUCAAAGCGUCCAGCCCAUCUCACUUGCAACGCUAUGAACAAAUCUUUCCUGCAAAAUUGACGCACUCGGAAGGAGUAAUUGUUAAGAGCUGCCCUGAGGACAAAAAGCCUGCAUCUUCUCUGUCUUGUGGCACUCCGCCUAGAAGCGAGAGUACAGAAGUUCAUUCUGGACAUAUAUACAGAGCUGUGUCUCCAAAGAGCAGUACACGAAAGGUGGCAGAAGAGCAGUCGUACUGUAAGUCAGUGGUGGCUAAAAAGCAACAGAAGGAUGUGCUCUGUCAACUUCCCCGACAUCAUCCUCUCUUUAGAGAAGAUGAAGAAGAGAUUGAUUUAGAUAUUGACUUCCAUUGGGAGGAGAAAGAAGACUGGGCCAAGCCUUUCUUCCAAAUGUGGCAGUGUCGACCAUACGACCCACUGCAGGAAAGAGACUAUAACAAGACAGUGGGUGAACAGGCACCAUAUUGCUCAAUAUGCCUUCUCUUUUACACACAUCAUCAGUCUGAAUCUAAUGAGGGACGUCCGAGUGUGACACUGGUGAAUCGUCCUGGAGGCCGUCACUGGUCCAAACCACUCAUCCCUGAGAUGUGUUUCCACUCUCAGUCCAAGGAGGAACAGCUGUCUAACCCCAGAGUUGAAGAGGAUGGCACCAGCAGGCUGGUCAGCUGUUCUCAAUGCUGCGUUCGUGUGCACACGAGCUGCUACGGCGUAUCGGGGGAAGAAGACGAUCUGGAUGACUGGCUGUGUGCUCGCUGUGAAGCUGAUGCUACUGAAGAGGAUUGUUGCCUGUGCUCACUUAGAGGUGGAGCUCUACAGAGAGCCAACAGCGGCAAGUGGGUCCACGUAGUGUGUGCCAUCACUGUCAAGGAAGCUCGCUUUGUCAACAUCUCUGAGAGGAGUCCUAUUGACAUUUCGCCAAUCCCGGUCUCCCGAUUCAAGCUGAAGUGUGUGUUCUGCAGGAAGCGGAUGAAGAGGGAAGUGAAAGGUUGCUGCGUCCAGUGUUCUCACGGCCGCUGCACCACAGCGUUCCAUCCCACCUGCGCUCUGGCUGCUGGAAUCCUCAUGCACCCUGACGACUGGCCGCUUGUCGUCUACAUCACCUGUCACAGGCAUAAAGCACCAGCCACGCCACAGCGCAACAACGCUACCAGAGAGCUGACAGUGGGCCAGAGGGUCAUCGCCAAACACAAGAACGGGCGCUACUACCACAGCGAGGUCCAGGAGCUGAGCACCGUCACCUUCUACGAAGUUAUAUUUGAUGAUGGCUCAUACAGUGACAACCUCUUCCCAGAAGACAUUGAGAACCGGGACUGUGUUCGACUGGGACCCCCACCUAAAGGUGCCCGGGUGGAGGUGCGCUGGACAGAUGGUUUGAUCUAUGGGGCUAAGUUUGAAGCGUCGCACUCCAUUCUCAUGUACAUGGUCGAGUUUGAGGAUGGGUCCCAAAUCAGCUUGAAGCGUGAGGACAUCUAUGCUUUAGAUGAAGAUCUUCCCAAGAGAGUCAAGUCCAGAAUGUCGGUGGCUUCUGACAUGCGCUUUGAGCUCUUCACCCAAAAAGACGUUCAGGAGAACUCCAAGAGGCAGCGUGUGGUCAACUCGCGGUACCGAGAGGACUACAUCGAGCCGGUCAUAUACAGAGCCAUCAUGGAGUGAAGGAGAGCUCCGCCUCUCCCGGUGUAAUACAACCCUCCUCUACUUCCACGGCCUGCCAGGCUACUAACUUAUAAACUACGGCUGGGACUGUUUUCUGUGUUCGAGUAAUAUUGAUCCAUGUGUUCCUUCCUUUCAUCCUGUUUUCCUGCUUCUUUUGCCAUCAGUGAUCGUCUCAAGGAUAUUUAAUGCUUCCGAGCACUCGCUUCACAACGUUAAUAUCAUUUCUGAGCAGCUUUUUAAAAAAAGUCAAACAAACCUGUCGUCUCUCUCAUGUUCUACUGUGUCCACCUGGCUGUGAUAUGAUCAUGAUUGUUUUGGCCCCUCGCCUUACACACACCGGGCCGGUGGUGAGCUCAAGCUUUUAAGGUUUCGCUUUCGUAUUUGUUAUUUAUGCUGGUGCGGAUCAGAGCUAUUUUGACACGUCCUUUUCACGAUCCGUAGAAAACGUCAGAUGUAUUUAUAUUUAUUAUAAGGUUUUCUGACAACGGUAUGAUGUGAGGAGGGUAAAAACAAAAAGCACUUAAGUUAAUCUUUUUUUUUUUUUUUUUCCUUGUUCGUGUCCCGUCUAGUGUCCUUUGCUCUGAAGACUAGAACACGUAGGAGCCCUCUGGAUCUAGAGUCCCCAGUAUAGUGAGCAGACUUUCCUUGCACCUGCUGUAGACAAUAUUUUUAAAUACUUUGCUUCUCAGGAGGUGCACACGUCAUUUGGCAUAACUGCGGCACGAUUAAAACUGUGUGCGUUUAGACUGGAUCGGCUUUGUAUAAUUUGUUUUGUAAAAUAUCCUCACAUAAAGUCUGCGUGCCUCAACCCCCGUCUUCUG